GCACCGCAACAAUGGAGAACGAGGCGGCAGCAGAGAGGCUGGGCGACAGACUGUGAGAGGAGGACCGAGCUUUCCAUGGAGCUGUAGUCCGGCGCAGUGCUGCUGAAGUGACCGAAGACUCCUGAACAUGGCGAAACACCAGGAGGUGGAGCGCCUCGCCAAGAAGCUGGACAAAAUGGUGCACAAGAAAAACACGGAUGGUGCUCUUGACUUACUGAGGGAACUGAAGAACAUCAAGAUGUCUCUGGAGACCCUGCAGACAACCAGAGUUGGCAUGUCGGUGAACGCCGUGAGGAAACAAAGCUCUGAUGAGGAGGUUCAAACUCUGGCCAAAGUUCUUAUUAAGUCCUGGAAGAAAUUGCUGGAUGGUUCAGAAGGGAAGUUGGAGGAGAAGAAAAAGGAAGGCUCUCCAGUGAGGUCUUUGUCAACAUCUAAGGACCUUGGCAGAAAUGAGACGAGCAGUAAGGCGUCUGGGGACCUCCCUACAACUCCAACCACUACUGCCGUCCCCCAUCGAGUCACCUCUUUCCCUCCUCCCCCAGUCACCACGAACAGUGUUCGGAACAAAAGCCGGGAGCUGCUGGUGGCUGCUUUGCAGACUGGGGAUGACUACAGGGCCAUUGGCGUGGACUGUGAGCAGCUUGCAGUACAAAUUGAAGAUCAGAUCUUCCAGGAAUUUGAAUCCACAGAUAUGAAAUAUAAAGCUCGUCUUCGAAGUCGAAUCUCCAACCUGAAGGACCAGAAGAAUCCAGAUCUGCGCCGUAACGUCUUGUGUGGAAACAUCACACCUCAGCGCAUCUCCUCCAUGACUGCUGAGGAGAUGGCGAGUGCAGAGCUGAAACAGAUCAGAGAGACUCUCACUAAAGAGUCCAUCAGAGAACAUCAGCUGUCAAAGAUGGGAGGAACCGAAACAGACAUGUUCAUCUGCAACAAGUGUCACGGAAAGAGCUGCACUUACACACAGGUGCAGACCCGAAGUGCUGACGAGCCCAUGACGACUUUUGUUUUGUGUAACAGCUGUGGCAACCGCUGGAAGUUUUGUUGAAGACUCCUGGAUGCAGCAUUCAAUUGAGAAGCAAACUCGAUGACAUAAUUUCAAUUCAGAAAGAUGUUUACUUUUUCUUUUUGUAGUUUAAUUAAAUAAUUAAUUAUUAACAAAUGUAAUGUAUAGAGAAGAAAAGCUGUGCAAGUGCAUGUUGUUGUUUUUUUUUUAUUAUGAGUUGAUUUCUGAAGGUACUUUUCUAACUCAGUGAAAAUAAUUCUGGUGCUUUUUUUUGCUA